AUGAAACUAGGGUGAAUCAGAAUUACACAGUUGGAAAAUGUUGGACAAACACCACAUCACCUCAAGCCACCGGAGUACAACAGCCAACAGCGAAAGAAAGUUGUUUGAUUAUACUUCAUGCUGGGACAAAAAAUGGCUUCGUAGACAAUACCGAGUUAGUGUUUCAAGCUGAAAAUGACAGUGAUUAUCACAACCAAAUGAACUCUACACUUUUUGAGGAAUGGUUUAGGAAGCAGUUGCUCCCAAAUAUUUCACCAAACUCUGUGAUCGUGAUGGAUGGCGCUUCCUAUCAUUCGGUGAAGCUUGAAAGAAGGCCUACAACAGCAUGGAAAAAAUCGGAGUUGCUGGAUUGGCUGAUAAAGAAGGGAGUGCAACCCCAAGAUAACUCAUCAAAAGCUCAGCUGCAAGAGCUUGCCAAGAAAAUGGAUGUUACCACAACAAACAUAAUCGAUAAGAUUGUGGAGGAGGCAGGCCAUCAGGUUUUGAGGUUACCACCGUAUCACUGCCAGUAUAACCCGAUUGAGCUCAUUUGGGCUCAUGUGAAGACUUAUAUAGCCAAGAAGAACACAUUUAAAAUGGCUAAUCUUAAAGUACUUGUCACAGAAGCUCUGAGCCUCAUCACACCACAAACUUGGAAGGAAGCAGUGCAACAUGCUGAAAAAAUUCAGGAUGAAGAUGAUCAACAAGACGUGGCAGCUGAAAAUUUCAUUGAGUCAUUUGUGAUCAACAUCACAGAAUGUUCUGAUGAGGAAGACAAUGCUUAAACAACUGACUGAGGAUUAGGCCUACGGGGGACACCUCUUAAAAAAAUGCUCCUUGACUUUUAGCUCAUAUAGGUGGUGUGGGAAAAAAGUUGAAAAUUGAUAAUAAAUAAAUAAAUACUACAUAAAUAUAGUAUAAAUAAUAUAUAUAUAAAAGAGAGAGAGAGAGAGAGAGAGAGAGAGAGAGAGAGAGAGAAACAGGAAAA